AUUUUGUCUGCAGUGGAGAUUCCUAUUGAAGCCAUUGCUACCAACAACAAAAUCUCGUUGCGUUGGUGAGAGGGUCUUCUUCUUGUGCUGAGAGGGACAUAAAAGACCAAGAUUUCACGUAAUCUAAGACCAACAUGCAAGCAGCUUCUCAUUGCUAUCCUCUUGUUCACUUUUCUGGAAGAGGCAGGUAUAGUAAGGUGAGUAAUCACUCAAGUGUAAAAAUUUUGAGCUUGAAUUGGCUUCCCCAGAAAUUUGACUUUAAUCAAGGAGCUCAGAUCCAGAAGAUUUUAAAAUCUUCCAAACCGAAAAGGUUCUGUGUGAUUCCCAACUCUAAUGAUAGUUAUCCAAGUCUCUCUGUUUCUGAAGAGGACACAACUGCAUCUAAAAAAGACACAUCUACAAUGGAAGAAUGGGAAUAUGGAGGAGAAGCGUUCUUGAGUAAGUGGUCGCCUCCCAGGUACUUAUGGAGGGGAUUAUCAGUUCUUAUCUUGGCAGGACAGGUUAUUAUUAGGAUUAUGAAGGGUAAAAUCCACUGGAAGAAUACUCUUCAACAGUUGGAAAGAGUUGGACCUAAGUCAGUUGGUGUCUGUUUGUUAACUGCAGCUUUUGUUGGCAUGGCCUUCACUAUCCAAUUUGUUAGAGAAUUCACUAGAUUAGGGUUAAAUAGAUCUGUUGGUGGGGUGUUGGCCCUUGCCUUUUCAAGAGAGUUAAGUCCAGUUGUCACAUCAAUUGUAGUUGCCGGACGUAUCGGUAGUGCAUUUGCUGCGGAACUGGGCACCAUGCAGGUAUCUGAGCAGACAGACACGUUGAGAGUUCUCGGUGCAAAUCCUGUUGAUUAUUUGGUGACACCAAGAGUGAUUGCUUCCUGCAUUGCCUUACCAUUUUUGACCCUAAUGUGCUUUACAGUUGGAAUGGCAUCCAGCGCCCUUUUAGCUGACGGUGUUUAUGGAAUUAGCAUAAACAUAAUCUUGGAUUCUGCUCAGAGAGCUCUCAAGUCAUGGGACCUUAUCAGUGCGAUGAUUAAGUCACAGGUUUUUGGUGCUAUUAUAUCCAUCAUAAGCUGUGCUUGGGGAGUCACCACACUGGGAGGUGCUAAAGGGGUUGGAGAGUCUACUACUUCAGCGGUAGUUUUAUCUCUUGUUGGCAUAUUCGUAGCGGACUUUGCUCUCUCAUGUUGUUUCUUCCAGGGUGCUGGUGAUUCCCUGAAGAACUGUAUGUGACAUUUCUUAUGUUUUCCAUUUUUUAAAGUUCCACAAUAUGUUAAAAGU